AUGGCCGCCGCCGCCGCGGGGAAGAAGAGUAGUAGCAGCGGCAUGCCGGCGGGCGCCCUCCGCGUCGGCCUCACCUGCUCCGGCUUCUUCGGCGCCGCCACCUACGCGCGUGCAGAGAUGACCGACGUGCACGGGCGCACGUUCGGGGUGUGGACGCUGCUGUCCUGUACGCUCUGCUUCCUCUGCGCCUUCAACCUCGACAACAGGCCGCUCUACAUGGCCACCUUCCUGUCCUUCGUCUACGCCUACGCCCACUUCAUCCUCGAGUACCUCGUCUACCACACCUUCACCGCCGCCAACCUCGGCAGCUUCGCCCUCGUCGCAGUGACGUCGAUCGUCUGGAUGCUGCUGCAGUGGAACUCCCAUGCUCCCCGUGCGGCUGCCAAGCGGGCCUGA